AUGAACUCGGCUUUCGGCUGUUUCGCAAAAGAUAACAACAGGCACAUCGUGGUCAGCGUGCCGGAGAAACGUCGAGAGAGCUUUGCAGGUUACUUGGCACGUGUCGAGUCUAUUAAAAAUGACCCGGGAAGACCUGGCGUUAGGGAACUGGAUGCUCAAGUACCUGUGGACUGGACAGGAAUACUUAAAGGCAUGAGCCAAGAACAUCCUAACAGCCUGCGGCACAAAUACAACUUUAUAGCAGAUGUGGUGGAGAAGAUCGCUCCUGCUGUGGUUCACAUUGAAUUAUUUCGCAAACUCCCUUAUUCGAAGAGGGAGAUUCCUGUUGCCAGUGGUUCAGGGUUCAUUGUCUCAGAAGAUGGACUGAUCGUGACAAACGCCCAUGUCGUCACCAACAAAAACCGGGUGAAGGUGGAGCUGAAGAACGGUGAAACCUAUGAAGCUAAAAUUAAAGAUGUUGAUGAAAAAGCUGACAUUGCACUAAUUAAAAUAGAUUCUCAG